AUGGUCGACGGUGCGAGUGCGACACGCCACGACAGCCCUUUUGGUUCCCGUUUGGGUUGGUGGAUGUGGUCUGCGGUGGGCGCGUGUCUGCGCAGCCGGCACCGUGUGCGGCGGAGGGCCAUUGCGGCUGUGCGUGUGGCGCUGCUCGUUGUGUUGGCGCUGGUUGCGGCGGCGGCGUGGAUGCCCGCGGUGCAUGCGGUGGUGUUGCGACUGCGGGGCGGCACGGUGGACAGAGCAAUCACGGUUGGCCACGCCGUGGACACGGUGCUGAUGGACGGCGUGUACAUCACGAACGGCGUGGCUGUUGUGUUUGACGUUGCGGCGAUGCUUCCCGGCGCGCUGCGCAUUGAAUUGAGGAACUGCGUGUGCGACGGCGGUGCGCAGAUCUACGUGCGGGGGCACAGCGGCGAGGCAGCGACUGACCGGAGCCUGGAGGUGAGCGUGAGCGGGCUGUCUGGGAGCUACUGCUCGCUUGUGUUUGCGCACAACCUGCCGGAACACACGAACGUGACGGUCCGCGACUCGACGAUUGUGACGCCGGGGCCGAUGCGCUACUCGCAGCUGAGCGGGCUGACGGACGCGGUGGCGUCGCCGCUUGUGCUGCACGCGACUUCGCUGUUGCAGACGCAGCUGCGUGUGAGCAGCACUGUGCUGAGGUCGUUGCAGGCGGGCGGGUCGGCGGUGUACGUUGGCGGCGGUGUGGACCUGCUGUCGAGCGCGGUGGUGCUUGACGGCGUGUUGCUGGAGGCGUCGGGCGGUCCGACCGCGUCCGCGAUGCGUGUGGCGUCCUCGUCGCGUCUCAGUCUGCGGAGCCACUCGGUGUUCUCCGUGACGAACGUGUCGGUUGUGAGCAGUGGCGGCGGCCUUGUGCUUGGCGAGCGCCUUGCGGUGUCCGACUCGGUGCUGCGCUUCGUGGGCGUCAAGGGGUCUGUUGCGUCGUCGCUGGUGCGCUGCGACGGUGGGGCGGUCAGUGCCGGCGGGUGGCUGGAGCUACACGACGUGUGGGUUGUGGGCAAGGCGUUGUCUUUGGCGUCGCUGUCGGGUGUGACGCUGAGCGGCGGCGCCGUGUCGAUUGCGCGCUGCACUGCCACCGGCGCGACGCUUGUCUCCGGGCCGACGAUCACGAGCGGCGUCGUGUGGGUGCAGUGCAACCGUGCCGGCGGCCGGGUGCUGCAGAGCAGCGGCGACUACCGCAUGGCCGGCCUGCCCUCCGUGAGCGUGGUGCCGUGCGACGGCUGUGCGGCAGCGCUGGCGUGCUUUGAUGCGCUGACGGCGUCGUUCACCGAGUGCGUGUGCAGCUGCCGUGCCGGCGGCGUGGGCGAGGCAUGCCUGCCGUUCGACGUGCCGGUUGCGAGGGCCGGCGGCGGUGGUGGCGGUGCGCCGGGCUGCGUGGGUGGCGUGACGCUGACGGAGUCGGUGACGGUUGGCGGUGGGCGGGCGACGGCGUGCUUCGACUCGGUGGUGUUCAGUGGGCCGAUCACUGUGGCGGUGGAUCUGCGCUCGAUGGACGCGUUCGCUGACGCGCUGAACGUGACGCUGCGCCACUGCGUGCUUGCGGGCGGCGCGCAGCUGCGGAUUGGCGGCCUCAGCGAGAGCACAGCGCGCCUGAUGCCCCACGCCCUUGUCAACAUGACGAAUGUGACGUCGCUGGAGGGCACGAUCGUGCUGCAUGGCGCGAUGCCGCUGCACUCGAGUGUGCUGAUGGCGAACUCAACGCUGCGUGCGACGGUUGGUGGGUCGCAGUACGUGCCGACGACCCCUGGCCACGAGGAAUCCCGGUACGGCCCCGCGCUUGUCCUGGACGGCGUCCGGCUUCUGUCGACGCGGUUUGUCAUGACGCGGUCGACGCUGGUGUCUGGCGGGAGCUCGUGCGCUGCGAUUCUCGUGGAGCGCGGCCUUUGCGCCAACCUGUCCAGCGUAUUCUACAUGGACAACUGCGUUGUCAGGUCGCGGGUGCACGUGAUGUACGCUCUUGCGUCGGACCUGCGUGUCAGCGGCGGCUCCGUGUUCUCCAUACAGAACAGCUCUUGGAGUGCGCCGAGCAUUGGCUUCUACGAAGGCGCGUGUGUGUUUAGGGACGUUGUUGUGGCUGGCGGCAGCGUGCUGCAGAUUGUGUCCAGCACUUUCCGUCUUGGCUUCGCCAUGCUCAUUGCAAACAGGCUGACUGUGACUAACGGUAGCUGGCUGGUGCACCGCGACAACGAGUUCCGCACCGCCUACGUUGUGUACGUGGAAAGUGAGAACGGCGUAGCGUUCCGCGAUCGGAGUGUGUGGUCGAUACUGCACAACAACUUCACGUACGGCUCGUACUCGUCAACAAUUGUAAGUAUGACAAGCAAGUGGUCACCACCAUCCGACUCGUGCCCGAUCAUCUACGGCAUGUGCAACGAGCUAAGAGGCUCACCUGUGACGAAUUACAAAGAAGAGCUUAAUAUUGGGACGCCCGUGACGGUGCUGGACUGUGGUGCGUGCACCGUGGACGCCGUGUGCUUCGCAGCGAGGACGAGCAGCAUCAGCGGCUGUGGGUGUGUGUGCGCAGCUGGCGGCUACGGUGGCACGUGUCUGCCAGCUGCGGUUCCGGACGGCCUUGGGCCGCUCCCGCUCCCCGAUGCGGACGACGCGGAGGUUCGCUGCGUGCACGGUGGCAGCAUCAGCUCCGUGGACGAUCCUGAUCCCGGCGUGCGUGGUCUGUGCUUUGUCAACGUGACCUUCACUGCCGCGAUUGUGCUGGACCUGUCACAUUUUGACGCACCACAACAGACACUCAACAUCACGCUGCUGCAGUGCGUCCUCGUGGGCCUGUCGAUCAAGGGGAGUGGUACGCGCGUGCACGUGAACGUGACAUCUUCGAUGCUGGAUUUUGGUGCAUUGGAGUUUGAGGGUAGUUUUGGUGCGAGCUCCCAGAUACUGGUGGCGGGCAGUACGCUUGUGACGACGUCGGGCCAUGCCAUUUUAUUUGUGAAGUUUACUCUCAGUGCGAAUAUGACACUUCUGCUACUCGACAACUACGUUGAGGGGAAUAGUUACGCCGUCUAUUUUUCCGUUGGGGUUGUUGUUGGUGGCGGGAUCAUUGUGAAGAACAAUACGCUGAGCACAACGGAGGACGACGACGGUGUGGAAUCAUCUGUUUGCGUUAAUGCUGUUGAUGUGAAGAACGGAGGCCACUUUGACGUGGAGAACAACACGAUGAACUCGGUCAAUGGCGUUAUUCUUUUUGGGGAUACCACCGUGAGCUCCGCGGGGCUGCUGCGGGUGGCGGAUUGCACCUUCAUUGGCAGGACGGAAGUUUUUGAUUCCGCGCUGGUGUGUGUGUCUGCCUCGGUGACACUCGAGGGCGGUGCGCAGUGGCGUGUGGAGGGCAACAACGUGGAUGCAGCCUCAGUAUUGACUAUUCUGUAUUCCUGGCAAAAGAUUCAUUUGUUGGGCAGCAGCACCACCGUGGUGCUUUCACACAACCGUCAGGUGGACGAUAGUUAUCCCUUUGCUGAUCUUUUUCUGCCACAGACGAUUGUUGAGUUACCCGCGCGGCUUGUGGUUGGGUGCAACCUGCAGGGCGAUGAGGAGGUGUCGUACGACGAUGUGUUUCCGGAGGAAGUGGAGGUGUUCGGGUGUGGCACAUGCAACGAGGACGCGGCGUGCUACAUGCCCGGGACGGAGUCGGUGGACCGCGGCUCGUGUUCGUGCAGCUGCAAGGACGGAUGGCAUGGCGCGUCGUGUCUUUCCUUCGAGGUGCCCAACACUGUUGUGCCGCCCUUGCCGGAGAGAGCCGUUGACGGCGACACGAGCUGUGUGGUGAACCAGACGCUGACGAACCUUACGCUGAACAUGUGGAAGACGCACCACUGCUACGUGGGUGUGAAAUUCAGCGGCGUGGGUGCUGUGCUGACAUUUUCCUUCGACAGUAUGCCGCUGCAUCUCCCCAUCAACAUCACGCUCAAUGGGUGCACAUUCCGCGACGGGGCCGCGCUGCAGUUUUUUGGGGGCACUGAGGCGGCCGAGUCAGUCGGCGUCCUGAUCCGCGUGAGCCAGACGGUGGUGCGGUCCUCCACCGUUGCUUUUAUACGUGCCCUCCCGCAACACUGCGACAUCGCCGUCACGGAGGUUGACGCGGUGCAGUCCUCCGCGGUCGACUUACCGGGCACUGUGAGCAAGACGCUGAGCGUAUUGCUGCUGAGAAACGUCGUGCUGAGUGCGUCGACGCUGUUGGUCAGCAACGUCAAUGCGCAUGCAUUGAGGUGUGGCGGGUUUGGUUUGUACUCGGUUGGGACUCUGACGCUGGUGGGUGGCAGUUCUCUUUACACGCGUUACUGCAGCUUUGAUGGGUACGAAGACAUGUUCUACGUGUACAGGCUCAGUGUCCGCAAUUACUCCGUUUUUGCGCUGCUCAACAAUACAAUGUUCUCCGGGAGAAGCCUCCUGUAUCAGCAGCAGGGAUUCAGCGUGUCGGAACACGGCGUGUUGCGCGUGGUGGGGAACAACGGCUCCGUGCGCUACGCCAUUUAUAACGAUGAAUUGUGGACCGUCCAGCAGUCAAGCUGGUUGGAUUGGCGUGACAACGACGUGGGAUUGGGAGCGAUUUUCAAAGUAUGGGAUUCCGCUUUUGUGAGCAUUGACGGCAGCAGUGUGGUGACGCUGACGGGCUGCAAGAUGGGCUCGACGGGGUUGUCGGUCUCCCUGCUAUCGCGGGUUGACGCCGGCUACCGGUUCGUUGCUGGGUGCCUGACGGUCGCGGGACGGGAGGUGACGACGGCGGCCGAACUGGAGCUUCACGGCAUCACCAACGUGACGACGGUUGCCGUGUGCGGGGAGUGCACGAAGGACGGCGACUGCUUCGCUCCGCUGACGACGGCGGUCAUUGACUGCAAGUGCCAGUGCGCUGCUGGAGGGCACGGCGAUGUGUGCGUCCCGGCGCCUGUGCCUGCUGGCCCGCCGUCACCGCCGUCGCCGCCACUGCGGCCCAUUCCGCCACUGCCACCAACACCGCCUCCGCCAGUGCCGCCGGUUGGUGGGUGCAUCAGCGACAUGGAGUACCCCGCGAUUGCGCAUGCAGUGGGCGGCGGGCUGUCGUGGCUGUGCUACCGCAACGUGACGUUCAGCGGGGGCGGCAUGAGCCUGACGGUGCUGAUUGGGGCGAUGACGGGCGACGUGGUGAAUGUCACGUUCGAUGGAUGCACGUGGAGGGACGGUGCCGUGCUGCUGCUGGCGGGCAACGCGUACGCCGUUGUGGGGUUGCUGAACAUCGUCGUCACCGGCAACACUUUCCGUGACGCGCUGCUCAGACCGGAGGGUGUGUUUCCACCGCACACGAACAUCACGAUCAGCGGGAACCGCUUCACGGUUACAAGGCUGAUCCCUCGGUCGGGUUUGGGCCUUAGGAAGCCGUCGUGUGUUGCAAUGAAUGAGCUGGCGAUCACCAACGACUCCGCGGUGGUGCUGAGUGGCAAUGUGUUUCAGACCGUGAGGGCAUCGUCAAGCGCCAUUUACGUUGUCGGAUCUGCGUUGAGGGUGUCGUGGCACUCCGUGUUUGCGGUGUUGGGCAACGUGUUUCAUAUGGACGGCGGUGACAGUACGCUGAUUAAUCUUGAGGGUUUUGCCCAAUCCUCAUCGCUGAAGGUGCUGAACAACUCUGCCGUGGUGAUCCGAGGCAACGUUGUUUCGAGGCCGGUGAAGUACUUUUUAUCACUAAUUUUGGCUUUGCGUGUGGAGUCUCGGUCAGCGAUCGUGUUUCAGGGCAACGACAUGCAGAGAAGCUGGUUUGUGUUUUUUGCAAGCCACUUUUCCUACAUCUACUACAACUCCUGGCUGCAGUUGAGCGGCAACCUCUGCCGUGAAUCCCCAUCGGAAGCUUUCCUCUUUCUGAACCCUACGGUGAAUCUCCGCGACUCCACGGUGUCUGUGUCCGGCAACCAAUUAAUGUCCAGCACGGACACGCCGAAGACGCUGCUGAUAUCCUCAGGUUCCCGCGAUCUCACAAACGGAGCGAUUUUGGCCGCGUGCAACACUGUGAACGGUGAGGAGGGAGUGCAAUACAGUAUUCCGUCCGUGUACAACGCCACCAUUCUGACCUGCAGCGACCCAUGCAUCCUUGCGACGUCGUGCUUCCCCGCUUACACGACGACAGCCUCGAGUGAUGCCUGUGCCUGCACGUGCGCGGAGGGCGGCUACGGCGAUGCGUGCCUGCCCGUUGCUGUCCCCGAGCCAGCGAGCACCGACGGCGCCGACUUGUGCGUGCGGGACGUACGUGUAGACGUGGAGGUGGACGCCGGUCUCGGGACGUCGGUGGUGUGCUACGUUGGAGUGACCUUUGCGGCGGACGUCGUGGUGGACGUGGGGUCGAUGUCAGGGAGCGUGCGCAACGUGACGCUGGCGAACUGCACGUUUGUGGGCGGAGCGAGCGUGUACGUUGUUGGGUGGCGGUCCGACCCGCCUGCUGGCGAGCGCGCCGAUGUGUUGAUCAGCGGGCUUGAGUCGCGCUCCGGCGGCGGCGUGCUGGUGGCGAACCGAUUUCCGCCGGGCUCGCGCGUCACUGUUGUGGACUCGGUGCUGAUCGCAGAGAGGCGUGUUGCGUACCGUAACGCCUACGACCUUGGCGACGCCUCCGCGUGCCUCGUGGUGCACAAGGUGAAUCUGACUGGGAGUGUGCUGACCAUCGCGCGCACGCACGUGGUGGCGGGGUUCCGCGACGCUGUUGGCGUGUUGUUUGUUGGCGGCGUGGCGCUGUCGUCGCGUGGUGCGCUGUACGUGGACGGGCUUUUUGUGCAGACGGCGCUGGGGCUGUGCGUGUCGGUGGAGGGCGGUGUUGCGGCCAGCGGCGGCUCCGUUGUGGCGUUUGUUGACAGCGACUUCCUGCUGUGCAAGCACGCGGUGUCUGUGCGUGGGGCUGUGAGCGUGUCGGACUCCGCUGUGGCGCUUGUGCGGAGCGACUUUGCGUCGACGGAGGACUACGCGGUGGCGUUCUAUUCGACGGUGAGCCUGGCCGGUGGGUCGAUGUUGCUAGUGAAGGGCAACGUGCACGACGGUGUCUCGAGGGAGAUGCUCUACGCCGCUGGCGCCGUGACCGCUGCUGGGGGCACGCUGAGCUUUGUGCGCAACCGAGCGCUGCUGCCGCGGAUGGUGUUGGUGAGCCUGUCGCUCUCGGCUGGGGCGCAUUUGAGGGUUGCGUGCAACGACGUUGGUGGACGUGUCCUGUCGACGGCGGAGGAGUACGCAGCGGCCGGUUUUGGCGACGCUGGGAGCAUCGACGUUGUUGGGUGCGACGCCUGCGACAGGGACACGUACUGCUACGCGCCCGGGACAGCGUCGGCGAGCAUGGAGAACGGUGUGUGCGUGUGCGCGUGCGGCAGUGGCGGGUACGGCGAGGCGUGUGUGCCUGUGGGAGCUCCCGCGCUGCCGCCCGCUGUGGGCACUGCGUCGAGUGUGUUUGUCCGCGAGGGCGUGACGGUGCAGUCGGUGUUCGUUGUGCCUGCCGGCGCGAGCGAGGUGACGCUGCGCCACGUUGUGCUGGACGGCGUGAGUCCUGUGCUCUACGUGCCGUGGAUGGCGCGGGACGGCGUGCGGAUCGUUGUGCAGAACGUGUCGCUGCUGAACGGUGCUGUGCUGUACGUGAUGGGCGGUGGAGCGUUGCGCGGUGCGGGUGCGGCGGGGAGCGACGAGAGCGGGCCGGUGGAGCUGUCGGUGUGCGAUGUGGAGGCGCUGAACGGUGCGCUUGUGCUGACCGGCACGUUUCCCGCGGGGUCUGUGCUGACGGUGACGGACUCCCUGCUGGUUGCCGCGAGGUCUACGCCGCUUGUGUAUCUUCCCGGCUCGCGGUCUGCGCCGUACGCACCGGUGCUGGUGCUGUCGGGCCUGCGGCUCGUGCGGUCCGUGCUGGUUGUGUCCGACGUUGCUCUUGUGACCGUGAUGACUGGUGGGCGGACGGUGGUGGUGGACGGCGCCGUGCUGGAGCUUGUCGGUGGCGGUGUCGCGGUGGACGCGGCUGUGUUCGGUGGCGACUUUGCGUUGUACGCGAGUGCGCGCGUGGUUGCGUCGGGGGGCGCUGUGCUGCGCGUGUCGGGGAGCCAGGUGUACGCCGCGCAUGGGUUGGUGCUUGACGGCGGGGUGGAGGCCAACGCGUCCGCCGUCGUAGUGAACGACAACGUCGGUGCGCUGACCGAUGGCGCGCUGCUGGUGCUUCGGGGGUCGGCAUCGUUUGCGUCCGGGUCGUGGCUGUCGGUGCGCGGCAACAGCAUCAGCGGCAGGCUUUUGUCGGUGCCGUCGUACCCGCGCAGCGCGGAAUUUGCGCAGAGCACGCUGACGCUCCACGGGAACGCCGGCAGUGGGCCCGUCGUGAUGGACGGCACCGUUACGCUUGGAGGCGCCGGCCGAAGGUUCGUUGUGGGGUGCCUGACGCUCAAAGGGCAGGCGCUGCAGCCGAUGGACUACAGGUCUGCCGGCAUCAUCGGGAAGUUCCGUCCUGUGGCGUGUGGCGUGUGCGACGCCGACGUGAACUGCUUUGCUGCUGCGACGAGGGCGAUGUCGGGAUCGUGCCGCUGCCGCUGUGCUGAUGGCGGGUACGGGCGCGACUGCCUGCCGGUGUACCUGCCGCACGUGGACGGGUGCAACCGCACGCCUGCCCCGCCGCUGCUGAGCCACACGGCGACGCUGACGGAGACGCGCAGCCCGACGCAAACGCCAACGUGGACGUCAGUGUGGACGCCGAGUCAGAGCACGACGCACUACAGUCCGACGCAGUACGGGCCGACGGAGACGUUGCAGGUGACGGAGACGGUGGCGCUGCCGCCCACGCGGACCCCGACAGUUUCGGUGAGCAGCACGCUGUGGUGGGGCGACGUGGCGUGCCCGACGCUCGCCGUGACGACGACGGCGGCUGGUGGGAGCCUGACGCAGAGCGACAUCCGCGGCGGUGGGAGCGCCGUCCCGACACGGCUGAUGGUGGCGCUGCCGCCGCCGUUUCGGUGGGCAAGCGACCCGCAGCUUGGCACGCACCUGAGCUUUGUGCCUACAUCGACGGCGCAGCCGAGCGGCUUCGGUGGUCCGUGGGGAGCGAUGCUGAGCAACGCGACGUGGGUGCGCAACGCGACGAAUCCGUCCACCGUCCUGGAGCUGGCUGUGCCCGUGCACCGCGGUUACUUCAUUGCUGCCGACGAGACGAUAGUCAUUCGCUGCGACGCUGCGGCGGUGUCCGGCGGCUGCAAGGGUGUGCUGCUUGGGUCCUUCACGAUCGCGUCCAACACGCUGCCCGUCGCUGCCAGCGCCCUCUCUGCGAUCACCGGCGUUGUUGCGGGUGCGGCUGCUGUUGCCGUGGUGGUGACCGGCGGGCUGGGCUCCGUUUUGGAGGUGCAGGCGCUCGGCGUGUUUGCGAGGAUGUCAUGCGCCUCGGCGCAGGAGCGUGAAAGCACCGUUGCGCUGCCGUACUUCCUGUCGGUGUUCGCUGCCCUUGAUCCGCUGUGGAUGGUGGUGGGCAACGUGCUGCUUGCCGCUGUGUUCGGGUGCGUGCACUACGGUGUGACGGCCGCCUUCCAGCGGUGGCGCGGCGUGGACGCGGCGAGUGCGUGGGCUGCGAUGCGCUUCCCGAGCCUGACGUACGUCGUGGCGCACGCGAUGCAUCUCGGCAUCUUCUUCGGCUCGGUGUCCGCACUGGCGAUGCCCGGCGCCCGCGUGCAGCACCGCGUGAUCGGUGUCGUUGGCGUGCUGUACGGUGCGGCGUUCCCUGCUGGCGUGUGCUACUUGAUUGCCCGCCACACGGGCGCGAGCUUUACGAAGUACUGGCAGUUUUCGAGGAAGCCGUUGCACGAGCGCCUGCUGUACCCCGUCGGGUAUUGGUACCCCGCAGUGCAGCAGCGGAUGUACGGCGGCAUGCUGACGAACAUGAGGGGUAGCCGCGUGUACUGGUGCGUGUUCCAGCUGUCGGUGCUGUGUGUGGUGGGCCUGAUUGCGGCUGUGCAUCCGCCCGUGGGAGGCUGCCACGUCCAGUACUUCUGCAUGGCGGCUGUGCUGCUUGCGGGUGCGGGCGUGGUUGCCUUCACGAACAUGAUGCGCUCGGCCCUCCUGACGGUGUUGCAGACUGCGAGCUUUGUGCUGCUUGCGGCGCUGUGUCUGAUCAGCGCGGCCAACCACCUUGCGCCGAGCGACGGCGGUGCGAGGGCGUACGCGACUAUCGUGCUGCUGCUGGCCGCUGUGCUGGUUACGGUCACCGUGUACAGCAUGGUUGUGUGGUACGCGGAGGACCGCCACUGGCAGGAGCUGCGCGAGCCGCGGCGUGGAGGGCUGGAGGCGCUGCUGCGCGAUGGCGAGGAGAGCGACGAAGAAACGCAGAAGCCCCACGACAUGACGUCAUCGUCGUACGCCUCAGGCACCACCGUUGCGUCGUCGUACCGACCACCCGCACCGCCGCUGCAGCUCAUGGCCGGUGACACCUGCUCAGACGCGCUGAGUCUGCUUGACCGUGCAUCCAGUGCGAGCUGCGGCAUUAAUUAUACCGCUCUGGACAGGUGA